GACCACCAGUUCUAUGAUUUGCCCUUAAUCUCUGCGGCGCCUUUUAUCCCGUCGCUUUUUUACGCGGAAUAAAGAAAAGGGGAAAAAAAAAAAAUCUUUUCCGUUCACAAUUUCAAAACUACUAGAGAGUAGACCAAUAUUCUUUGUUGCACAAUGUCGGGAAAGAAGUGGAAUCCUGUGUGAGAUUAGGGUUUCUUUUCGUCCUUCCCUUUCCAUUCUCUCUUACUCUCUUACCGUUGGACGUUGGAGGAUUACUUAAAAUUUACUAGUGUUAGUGGUGAUAAUGGUGCUCAAGAAGCUCUGCUGCUUUGAGUGGAUGGUUCUCUGUCAUCUUCUUCUAGCUGCUUUUGUUUCUUCCAAGGACCAUGGAAAUCCCGCAAAUGAUCUUGUAGGGAUCAUUAAUGAGAAUCGAACAGCCCAUAAACUUCCACAGCUUAAUGACAGCCCUGGCCUCGGCUGCAUGGCGCUGCAAUAUGUUGAAUUAUGCAAGGGUAACUGCACUGGUAACAGGGCUGUAAACUGCAAACCACCUGAAGAUGACUUCACUGAGGUUUUUGCUCCUAAUUGUGGUGUAGAACUACCCACUUUUGGCACCAUAACUGGCCACAUUGUAGGUUGUGAAUUCAAGUAUCUCCAACCAUCAGAAGCCUUUUCUCAUGUUAUUGUCAAAGACAAUAGAACUUUAUCCAUUCUGCGAAAUAAAUCACAUACAGAGGUGGGAGUAGGCUUGGUUGGGCUUCACAAGGGUCCUUUCUUUUGGUGUAUUUUAUUUAGCAAUGGCCAGACGAAUUCUACAUUUGUUCUUGAAGAUCAAGGUAAAGGGAUUAAGCAAAAGAAAGGGUGCUACAGCGGAAGCUUUUUUCCAUGCAGUGGUGGGCAGAAGAUCAGUGUGUUAUUGAAUAAUAUUAUGACCUUGGUUUUUCUAUAUAUUUUCCUCUUCCUAAUUUUGCACCAAAAUCAGUUUGUGAUGAUGUGAAUUUUGUGCAUGACUCUGCUCGAAGUUUUCUACCAUAUUGUAAAAGGUACAUUGUAUGAUGUGCAAUUUUUCCAACUUGUCUAUCCUUUGCGAUGUUUCA